AUUGGCUCACUCCACCUUUUGCCUGUGGACAUCUAGGCAGAUAUGGCAGAGUAACUAGAAGUAAUACUAGCUUUUGUUCAACUAAGUGACUUUUUUUUCCCCGCACUUAACGCGAGAAACCAAGAAGAAAGAGCAACCUUCAAGAUGAAUGUGAUGCAGACCACGAGAAAAGUUAUGAGUUGCAUGUUUCCACAAAAUGGAGCCGUGGACGGCUCGGUGCACUGCGGCUCUCCCCCCGUUGCCACUGCUACUGCGGCGACCUUGGACCCAGUAAACGGCAACAACGCGGCCGCUAAGCAGCGACCGAGCGCCCUAGAACUAGUCUCUAAGGGCACCUUCGCCGCCAUGAACCACCACAACCACAGCAGCGACGCUUCACCGCCGGAUUCGCCUGACUCCCAGGAGCCUCCCAACGGCAACUACCGCGAAGACGCGAUGGACUCCGAGACUAAGACCCUCAUUAGCCGCUUCCUUACAGACUUUACCGGCCUGUCAAAGGCUCGUUGGAACGAAAGCAAAGCGCAUUCUACCAUGAAAAGAGUCGUGGCGAGCGUUUUGGAAAAGCACAAGUACAAAUACAAUGGUAUCGUCAACAAAUUGUCUCUGGACGACCGAGGGGACGAUGUGGGUUUUGUCAGCGAGGUGGCCAAGAGCCUGUUUUCGGACGGAACCACCAACUGGGGUCGUGUGGCCAGCCUGGUGGCCUUUGGAGCCGCCGUGUCCCAGUACCUGAAGGAAAAGGGCCAGGCCCACUGUGUGGAGGCCGUGGCCGAGGAGAUCUCUUCGUAUCUUCUGUCGCACCAGCGCAACUGGCUGGUGAAUAACAACGCUUGGGAUGGCUUUGUGGAAUUCUUCCGGGAAGCCGAUCCUGAGUCAACAUUGAGGAACACUUUAAUGGCAUUUGCUGGAGUGGCUGGCAUCGGUGCCACAUUGGCCCUGUUGAUCAGGUGAAUUUCUUGGACUCUAAAAAAAAAAAAGACUGUCUUUUGAAACAACAUUGACGGUGGAACACGUACAAGCAACGUCCACGUUCCCCUUGGACACGAAAAGAUGGGAAUUAAGUCGCCGUUUAUGGCAGCUGCGCGGUCCGACCUACGAUUUAGUCUUUUCACCGUUUGCUGUUCAACGAGUUGAAUUCAUCUAGCAAAUAUUUAAUUUACAAAGGAAUUUAUUUUUCUAAUAGAUGUAAAAAUAUAUUUCACGCAAACGUUUGAUUUUUUUUUUGCUUGUGUUUUUGUUUUUGGAUUGAGUUAAAUUUGCGGGUUGAAGAUGUUUUAACUGCACCGGCAUAGUUGUAAGAAUUUGUAGCAGAAAGCACCCGCCGCAUCUUCCGUGCACGGCAAAACGACGAUGAAACUCAUUUUCAUAAGGCUCAUUCCGGAACAAGCCAGCAUUGUGAGUGGAGCUCGGAACAUUUGCAUCGGUGUCGCUCGGCGGGUUCCCCUCAUGUCAGAUCAGCGCCAAGAACUUUCAGAAGUACGGUGCCCUGGAAGCUUUUGAGUCUCGUGCAAGAACAUUGUUAAGGACUGAGUUCAAAGAGCGUUAACAAAAACAAACUCUUGAAGAAGACGAUGAGUCUUGGGCAAUGGCGCUGGCCUGUAAGCCACCAGGAGAAUGUGGAGAUGGAAAAGUUGGUUUAGUUAAUAAAAAAAAAAAAAAAAGGAACAUGAAAUGCUUUUGUUGAUUCUGUCUUUCUGUUUGAGGACUUUUUGUAAAUGAAGAAGACGUUUUUUUUUUUUUUGUUUCACCCACGAACCACUUCCGCUCUACUUCCCAUUUAUCACCACAGCACAGUUUCUUAGAAAUAACCCUCCCCCGCCCGCCCGCACCCCAUAUAAGUUAGGAUUAUACAACGGCUCCAUUAGACCCGACAAUGCGGCCAAUAUAUCUGCCCAGGAGCGUCGCCGUGUUUGUUCAAAUCCUCACGGUUGUCCUGGGUUGCAACCUAAGUAGAAGGAAGUCUGUGUUCUCCAUGGUGAUGAUCAGUGAUGUCUGUUUGCGACACCUGGGAGCAAAAAUAAUGUCAGUUUGAAGCUCUGGCAAUGACCUUGAUUGGUUUAAAUAUGAAUCCUUGAGUUAGCCUUGGAUUCCUGAUGAAAGCAGCUUCCUCAUUAACGUCAAAAUAUUUCGUCAGCCACCAAGGCAACAGAAAGACUUGUUUGACAUAGAUUGUAAUUUUACCAUAAUAAAAUCUCGUGAUCCUUUGACUUAAUUUCCAAAGACUUAUCCUGAGACUUUUUGAAAAACAUGUUGGUAUUCUUUAAUUAUUGUCAGCUGUUUAACUUAACUUAGGCAUGGUUAACAAUAAUCUUGUGAUACUUUGGACAUUUCGAGAUUUAACAUUAACGAGUUUGCCAGACUUGGACAUACUUUGCGAGACUAUGACGCAUUUUGUUACCUUUUCAGAUUACAACAUACCUUUUAGAAAAUGUAAAAUUUCCUACAUUGUGACAUUUUGUUCGACUUUCUUGCGAGAUUCGAAAAUUCUCCCGAGAGUUUCGCAAGACUUGGACAAUCUCAAUCUUGUGACCAAUGCUUCCUUAUCUUCCCUUUAACGUAGGCUGUGAUAGUCAGUGGAAACCGGAAGUGACUCGUAUCAAUACCGUGCGUGGUAUUAAAGUACUUCUGUAGAAAAAAGUCACCAUCUCAGACGUGACCGUCUGAACAAGGAGACUUUGUGGAGUGACGACAUUCCACAGCUUCCGUGACGUAUCUCUGAAAUGCACAAAUGACGAUGAUUACCAUGACGUGAACUUCUUCCCUGUUGUAACCGGCCUUGAGCUGUUCUACGUUGAGGAUGUUAGCGAGACUCCGCAACCAAAUCCAAAUUUGAAUGUAGCCUUUGCCAAUGAUUCCUCAUGUACCAUUUUAGUGUGGAAGGCAAAGUUUGAGCUAAAUUUGCCAUUUUUCUUAGAAUUGUAUGAAAGAGGUUAACAAGAUAAAUGACAAGUGAAUUAUUUGUCAAUUCCUCAUUUCUUUAAUUCUUAUAAAUGUUGAGCUCUGAAAAGAUUGCUAUGCUAGCUAGCGUAAGCUAGCAUUUUGGCAGAGUAGCGUAAGCUAGCGUUUUGGCAGAGUAGCGUAAGCUAGCAUUUUGGCAGCGGUCCAUUGUUUACCAUUGAUUCUAAGACCGCAUUGUAUUAUUUGUAAUGGAAGUAUCAAAAAUAAAAAUUAUUUUAACUUC